AUGAAAGAAUUUACAGUAAUAUUAUAUUCUGGUGGAAAUAAUCGUUUAUCAACAAAUUUAUCUAUACCAAAAUGUUUAUUACCUAUUGGAAAUCGUCCUUUAAUAUGGUAUAGUCUUCAAAUAAUUCAAUCUCAUUCAUUAUUAUCAUCAUUAACAUUACUUAUAUUAACAUCUGAUAAAUAUCAACAAGUUCUUGAUGAUUAUCUUUCAGCAUUAAAUAUAACAUAUGAAAUCAUUAUUUAUCGACAAUAUCAUGAAUCAACAACUAAUAAUCAAGAACAAACGGAAGAUAAAUUAGAUACAUUAGAUAUUCUUCAUUCAUGUUAUUCUCGUAUUAAAACUGAAUUAAUAGUCCGAGAUGCAUCUUUAUCUAUGCUUUUAAUUAAAAGAACAACAUCAAUAACAACUGGAAAAGAAUCUUUUGUACAACCUGGAGAAAAAAUUAAAUUUACUACAGUACGUGACUUUUAUACAAUUGAUCAAUCAACUAAUGCAAUAAUAUCAAUACGAAUAAAAGCUAAUUCAGAUAAAUAUCUUCUAUUAAAACAAAAUAUUCUUGCUAAAUAUCCUCGAACAAUCAUUCGACAAGAUUUAGUUGAUGCUCAUUUAUAUUUAAUAAAAAAAUCUUGUUUGGAUAUUGCUAUUCGUUCAAAUUCUUCAUCAUUUCGUAAAAAAUUUUUACCAGAAAUAAUUCAACGAAUAGCAACUGGUCAAUCACUUGAAGAUCUCAUUUCAACAUCUGCUAAUGUAACGAUGAUGAUGAGACAAAAAGAUUUGUUUUUAUUUUAG